UUUUCUCGCGCCCUUCCGUUUGAAAAAUUACCGACCGCCGCCGCGCACUGGCUUACAGCACGUACUACAACGUAACAGCCGAACUGCCAACGACGACUUUGUUGCCACAACCAACCUUCUGGAGCAUCGAAACAGAAAGCAUAUCACCGCUACUAGCUAGUACCGGUACUUGCCAGCUUGAUAGAGUGUGGAGAGUGUGUCGGCUGGUUGUAACGAGACGAGACGAAAACAGACAAUCUGGACAAGAGACUUUCUCUGGCAUUCCCAUCCGUGGUCCGACAACAACACAAUAGAAAAAAUGGCGGGGGACAUGGCAUUCGACUCGCAGCACUUUUUCGAUGAAGGCAGGCAUCAUCAGGACGACCAUCUCUCCUUUCCUGACCCUAUUGCCGACGCAAUCAUAUCACAAAAGGAUCCACUAGAAGAGCUCCCGCAACCGCAUUUCGAGGAGCCACGGCAGGAGUCACCACCGCGUGUUGAGGAUUUUCAGCCCCCACAGAAUGAGCCCCCACAGUAUGAGCAGCAACAGCAUCAAGAGCAAGAGCAGGUCUCGCUGCCGGAAGAGCAGCAGCAUCAACAGGACUCGCCACAAUUUGCAAGGCCACAAACGGUCGCCAGCUCCAUAAAGGCCCCCCCGCCAACCUCUCCGGGAGCAUCGGAUUACACCAUGAGCGGCAUGACAGCCGUUGAUGGUCAUGGAAUGUGGAACUCGUGGACGCGUGUCUUUGACGAACCGAAAUAUGCCAUGCUCGAUUUGCUCGACAAUUGUUUGGACGCCACCCUGCAUUCCAAUAUUGAAGGAAAGGUCGUCAUGAAAAAGCUGGAACCGAAUGGCAUUGUCAUUAUCAACAACAGCGCCAAACCCAUCAAGCCACUCAAGGACGUCCUUGUGGUGUAUGGAUCAACCAAGGGCGUGGGCAAGAAUGCCAAACGAGAUGCCAUCGGUGAAAAUGGAGUUGGGCUCAAACAUGGUUGUGCUACUCUGAGCGACGCCAACUUUGUCAUCACGCGCAAUGGACCCAUGUAUUCCUUGGGAGUCAUUGCCAAGAGUCUACAAACCAAAGAAGGAGUCUGUUUACCAUCCGCAUGGUUCAUUGUGGAAGAUGUUGACGACAAAACUCCUGGGGAAAUUGAAGAAGAAUUUCAUUCGCAUCUUAGCAACAUCAUUGCACAGAAUCCAAAGAUUGGGACUUGUGUCCAAAAUGCCCUGGGGCAAGGGGACAUGGUUGUUGGGCUCAAACGACUCGUCGAACAUUGUUUACACAUGUGGGAUGACGAGUGGGGAAACUACGAUCAUAUUUUCCAGGUCAUUAUUGCAUCACUCUUGCAUCAACACAACAAUAUCGCGGUUCACAGUCGCCGUUCAUUCCACGGCAACAACCCCGCUUCGCUUUUUCUGGAAGAAAUCAAACAGCUACUUCCAAAAUUCUACAUCAAUAUUCCCAACAAGGGAUUUGAUUUCUGGAUCGGAGAGGAAAAGGUCCAUUUUUCCUACUGGCAACAUCGACUCGUGGAAAUGACCAAAUUUACUGUGAAUGUACCCAGAGAGACUCCGAUCAUGGAUAUUGGACACUUCAACUGGGAUAAGGAAGGGUACAAUCUCAACAUUUUUUGUGGAUACGAAGCGCUGCGUCUCGGAAACGACAAUCUGCCCAACACGGCUCAAAUGUAUAUUUACAGUCGUAGUUCUGGACGGUUGAUCCAGCACGAUGACGAUGCUCGUGCCACUCUUGGUUUGGCUGCUUCUGGUACCGACUAUCAGCAAGCGCUCACAAUCAUUAUUGAUGAUGAAAAAGCACAGUUGCCGUUGAUGCCCACCAAACAAGGUAUCGCAUGGUCCGAGCAAAAAGGAGGAGAAACGCACAAGCGCAACUUACUGGCGUGGACGGCGGGAAUUGCGGAUUGCUACUGGAAGUACCAUUCGAACAAGUUCAAAAAGCGGUGCAACACAACCUCAUUCAAAAGCUUGAUGCAAGAACAGCUUAUGAAGUUCUGCGACCCCAUCAGUCGGCAUUUGUCAGACUUGGAUACUCUGCGCCGCAACCCGCAGGGCUGUAGGCCCAGCGCCUUUCUGCAGCGAAGCAUUGCUAUGGAUCGAUUGGGGAAAGCGGACUUUUCCCAUUUCGAUGGCCUUGAAUGGAAGAGAAGCGUGGCACCUACCACGAAGAAAUCAAGGAUUCGUCGCAAAACCUACUAUAAUGAAAUUGUGCCCGGAACUGCUACGAUAUUCCAAUUCCAAGACGAACAUUACCCAUACGUUGCUCCGAAACCGGCACCCAUGGAAUGGAAGCCACCGCCACAGCCUGUUCAACAGCACAAUCCGCAUGCCCCGCAUCACCCUCGCGGCCUGCCUCCAAUGGCUCAUCAUCCUCGAGUUCCGCAACCACCUCAUCACGGAAUGCGCCCUCCACCGGUUCCAAUGGCGGGUGCACCAGAACCACUCCACAAACGACGUCGUACUUCUGGCGAGGCGAUGGAUCGUCCCAUUUUGCUGCUGGACGACGAUUCCUAUGGGGAUGAAGGACCACCACCCGAAAGGACGCGCCGACAGGUCGCGAGAAAGAGCACAGGAGUUUCGUCGGCGCCAUCCGUGAGCCGACCUAGCAAUGAUCACUACGGAGCCUCACCGUCAGCGGAGAGUCAGCAGAGAAUUGCAGAUCUUGAACGCUCUUUGGCCGCUGCUCAAAAUGAGCUUGCCGACCAGAAACGAUUGAUGAGAGAAUCGCACGUGGUUCACAGGGCCACAGUUCAAAAGCUCACCGAGGACUUGCGUCGAGUGCAACAACAGCAGGCACAACAACAGAAUGGGAACCAACCGAGUCAAGAGACCCUGCAGAAGACUCGAGACGAAUUGAUGAUUGCGAAACGACAAAGGAACCUCAUAUCGAAGGAACUACAAGACGUGAAAGAUCAACGAGAGGAGCAAGUCUCUGGUCUGAACCUAGAAAUUGAGACUCUCAAAAUGCGAUUGGAACAGCACGAGGAAACAAUUCGGCGGCUGGAGAACAGCAAUGCCAGCGGUGAAGCUGAGUUUGACGACGAAAAUGUGCAACCUGAUAUCGCCGUCAGCAUUGGAUGGACGCAGGGGCGACGCUCAAAGUACCACGGUACAGACUCGAUCUAAGGGCGCACAACCUUCUUUAUUCAUGUCGUGCCGUCGUCGGGAGGAUAUCGUACUGUACACGGUACGCAGUGUAGUGGCUCAGGAGCCUAUCUGGCUGCAUUGGUUGGCGGUGUAUGAGUACUAAAUCGAAAGUCACACGGUGACUGCAUGUAGGACUGUGAUCGGCUUUAGUAAAUUGUGUGCGCAGUCUACGAGUAGCUAGUAACUGACCGAAGCUGUCCAUUGAUACUGACGUCUGUGGCCAAGAACUCUUCUAACUAUGUUCAGCUAUGCCGGUAAUAUGUGGACCAGGUAGCUAGCUCGAGACAGCCUUCUCUGCUACAUUCCUCUCGGCAUCUGCUUCUAGUGCUUCUGGCAGUUGUUUGAGACUAUAUUCAGCAGAUUCACAGUCCCCAAAGCCUCGAACCACUAUCU